AUGGCCUCUGGAGGUGUGGCAGUACUCCAGGUCCUUCUGUGUGUGGCUCUGCACUCGGCCACAGCCACUAUACAAGGAUACAUUGGAGACAGGGACAUUUGCCCCUCUGUGUGCAGAUGUGAUGAAGACUUUAUUUACUGUAAUGACCGCGGGUUGAGCUCUAUCCCCUCACUGCCUCCCACUGCCUCAGUGCUUUACCUUCAGAAUAACCAGAUCAAUAACCCUGGCCUCCCCACUUCUCUGGAGCACCACCUGGCCGUGCGCGUGGUCUACCUCUAUGACAAUGAACUGGAUGAGUUCCCUUUACACCUGCCCCCUUCUGUUCGAGAGCUGCAUCUGCAGGAUAACAACAUCCGCACCAUCCCUCGCAGUGCUCUGGCCCGGAUGCCUUUACUAGAGAAGCUCCAUCUGGACGAUAACUCCAUUUCCACUGUUAGCAUUGAGGACCAAGCCUUUGCAGACAACCCCCGUCUACGGCUGCUCUUUCUGUCCCGUAACCACUUAUCCAGCAUUCCCUCUGGACUGCCUGCCUCUUUAGAGGAGCUCCGACUGGAUGACAACCGCAUCUCUACAAUUCCAACCCACGCUUUCCGGGGCCUGGCUUCACUCCGAUGUUUAGUUCUUGAUGGGAAUCUCUUAGCAAACCAGCGCAUUGCAGAUGACACGUUCUCUCGCCUCUCCAAUCUGACGGAGUUGUCCUUGGUGCGUAAUUCUCUUCAGACUCCUCCUGUGAACCUGCCCAGCUCGCACCUCCAGCGCCUGUCCCUGCAGGAGAAUGCCAUGAUCCACAUCCCACGCGGAUCCCUGGACGGUAUGCAUAGACUACAGAGGCUGGACUUGUCUGGGAACAACCUGACCACUCUGCCUAGAGGCCUCUUCAAAGACCUGGACAGCCUGGCGCAGCUACUGGUGCGGGGGAACCCGUGGCACUGCGGGUGUAACCUGCGCUGGCUGUAUGACUGGCUCAAGGCCCGUGGCAACGGCAUUACUGUGAGGGGCCUGACCUGCAUGACGCCUGACCGUGUGCGGGACACACCCCUCAUGGACCUGGGCAGCGAGAUGGAGGAAUGUGAGGUCAUCAGGGCUCCAGACAGAACAAACAGAGUUCAAACAGGCAUGGAUAUCUCCACCACCCAAACCCCUCCACAGGGCUCUCUGUUCACCCUGCGCUCCAACAAGAGAGGCCCGGUGCUGCCUGACAUGGACUACACUCUGAGCAGCAGUGGAGUGGGCAAGAGCUUGGCUCUUAAUGUGAAGCCUCUGUCCCACAACAGCGUGCGUGUGACCUGGAGCGUGGCCCAGCCCAGCUCCUCCUUCAGGCUCAGCUGGCUUCGACUUGGCAAUGAGAAUAACCGUGGCUCCAUCACAGAGACCCUGGUGAGAGGUGACAGGCGUGAGUACCUGCUCACAGCCCUGCAGCCACGCUCCAGUUACAUCAUCUGCAUGGUCCCACUGCCUGCAGAAAGCAAAGGAGGAAUACCCACAGAGUCUGAUGAAGCUCUGGUGUGUGCCAAAGCUGAAACCUCUGAUCUCAGCUCACUGGAAGAAGAGGAGGAUGAUGAGUCUCAACAGAUGGUAAAUCUACCUUUAGCAGGAAUCAUUGGUGGUGCCUCUGCGAUUGUAUCUCUGGCUCUUAUAUUUGGUUUCUUCUGCUGGUAUGGCCAUAGGACUGGACAUUUAUGCUCCCGUGACCAUUACACUAGAAACAGCUCUAGAAAAAGCAAGACCUAUGAUGAUUACAUUGAAUCUGGCACAAAAAAGGACAACACUAUUUUGGAAAUCCGAGGUCCGGGAUUUCAGAUGACGCCAAUGGCCGCUUGCCCACCGAUGCAGCCUAAACCACUACGAGAGGAUUACAUCAUUCACACCAUUUUCCCAUCCAACGGCACUGGCCUAUAUAAAGGUGCCAACAGUGUCUCCAAUUCAGGACAUGGCACCAACAGGGGCUAUAGAGAAGGGGGGAUCCCAGACAUUGACUACUGUUACACAUGA